GAAAGUGGCAGCAGCUUGGCAACGACUGAAUCCAUCAUCCAUCCAGAAUUUUUUCUCCUAGGACGGUUCUUUUUACGCGUAGGGUUCGUUCUUCUGUCUGGCGCCAAGAAACUUCCUUUUUCUUAACAUCAUCAACUUCUCUCUCAUUUCCUUUUUUUUACUAUAAGAGUCUUUGCUUUUUGGUCUCUCUCUCUUUUUUUUUUACCAUUUUUGACACACGUUCAUCACAAAGAUAAAAAAAGAAAAUUUGUCACAAUCACGAUAGUCAUGGUCAACAACGCCAAAAGCCGUCCUUUUUGAGUUCCCUGUCUUGGAUCCUGCAAGAAGCAAAGACCCUUUUCUUGAAUCUUUAUUUGGAGCUCUGGUUUUUGUUUGUUUGCACUUGCAGGGUGGUUUAGAGAUUUUGAUGCUUAAACGCCUACCCAAGUUUUUGUUUUUGUUUGGAGUUGAUCUUUGAUUGAUUCUUGUGUUGAGGUUUGGCUGGACUUGAUCUGAUUCGUUUAAAGUUGGAAGCUUUGGAUUGGGGCAAGGUUCUGUUGGGGUUUGAUUUUGUUCUUUUAGUUUGAUCUUGAAGUUUUAAUAUUUGGUACAAACCCUUGGUUGGUCUUUGGGGAAUUAACGUCUGUAAGCACUGUUUGUGGUGUUCUGAGAAGGAAUUGAAGUGGAUAGUGAAAAGAAGGUUCUUUUUUCUUGGUGGGUGGUUGUAGGUGAUGAAGGGGGUUUAGCCCUUUGGUGAAAUGAGAAGCAUAUCAAGCACUUCGAAAUGGGAAUUCAAAAACAUAUGGUUAACAUAAAGGUUACUUUUGGGGUUCUUUCGGUUCUUCUUCUUGUGGCAGCAGUCAGUUCUAUAGAAAAGAAGGAAGCAGAGAAUGAUUUUGUUAGGGAGUUACUUGAUCCAGCAUCUGGAUUGUUAGAUGAGCACACGGAAUUGUCUGGCAGCACCAAUAUAAUCAGUUCAGAGAUUCAACCAAUAGAACAGGAAGAAAUACAAAAAUUUAUCAGUUCUUACUGUCCACAAUUCCUGGGGAACUUUCUUCACUGUUUGAGAAAAAAUAAUCAUCCAUUACCUGUCUCAGGAAAAGAAGAUGAUUCCAAGAUUUGGCAUGUCACUUAUAUGGGACCACUUUUUUCCCGUUCCAGUGAUCCUGAAAGAAAAUUUGGUCGUAUUUUGCUCCAACACAUAUCAGAACCACCUAGUCCAGGUCCUGCAGUUGGAUCACCUACACACAGUUUAGCGCCAUCUCCUGAAUCCAGUCUAGCACCAUCAUCUGAACCCAGUCUGGCCCCAUCAUCUGAACCCAGUCUGGCCCCAUCACCUUUUGCUCCAGCACCUCUAGUUCAUAAACCUUCGCAUCCUUUACCACCAACAUCAUUUUUCCCAAAAUUGACUCCACCAGAAGAAGCUUCAGAAAUUUCUUCUCCAUCUUCUGACAUUAACAAACAGGAAGAGAGGCAUAGUAAUAAAAAAACAGUUGUUCUUGCUGUAGUUAUAACUGCAUUGGUGACAUUUAUAGCUGCAGCAUUGCUCUUUUUAUGCUGUACUCGGCAUCGUAAGACUGGCCAUUUCAGACUCAAUGAUGAUAGGCCUCUUCUUAGCUUGAGCAUGAGUGACUACUCUGUUGGUCCUUCCAGUUAUUCGUUCGGAAAUUCAAUAAAAGGGGAGAAAGUUGAGUUUCAGUCAUCAAGUAAUGGUUUGGUGGACAAUAAGAAGUAUUCAGUGCAGGAAAGCCAAUCAAUAGGAGCUCUUAAUGCUGCUGCUGGAUCACCAUUUGAACUGAAACCUCCUCCCGGGAGGGUGGGAGCCACAAUCCUUUCUGGACUGCCUCCUUUAAAACCUCCUCCAGGCAGGCUAAACCCUCUUCCUCCUGAGCCACCUUCAUUUAGACCUUCUGGUGAUGCAGCUCCAGCUGCUGUUGCUGCUGUUGCUACAGCUCCUCCUCCUGCCCCUCAACAGCCUGGUUUGAGUAGCACUCUACCACCCCGACCACCAGCUGGUGCCAGACCUGGCCCACCUCUACCACUACCGCCAGCACUAGCUGGUGCGAGACCUGGUCCUCCUCCACCACCUCCAGCAUCAGUUGGUGUGAAACCUGGUCCUCCUCCACCACCACCCACAGCACCAGCUGGUGCCAAACCUGGUCCUCCUCCUCCACCACCCCCAGCUGGUGCCAAACCUGGUCCUCGUCCACCACCACCUCCUAUGAGUGGUGUGGCUCCUCCUCGACCUCCACCCUCGUUUGGCUCAAAGGUGCCGCGGCCGUUAGCUAGUGGAUCAAAAGAUACAGUUGUAGCUGGAGUAGAAGGUGAAGCUGAUGCUCCCAAAGCCAAGCUAAAGCCCUUCUUCUGGGAUAAGGUUCAAGCUAACCCGGAUCAGUCAAUGGUUUGGAAUCAAAUCAAAUCAGGAUCUUUCCAGUUUAAUGAAGAGAUGAUAGAGACGCUUUUUGGCUAUAAUGCUGUGGAUAAGAACAAUGGUAAAAAACAGAAACAGUCUUCCUCCCAAGACCCUUCACCACUGUUUAUCCAGAUCAUUGACAAAAAGAAAGCACAGAAUUUAUUGAUUCUGUUGCGUGCAUUGAAUGUGACAAUGGAAGAAGUUUGUGAUGCACUUUAUGAAGGACAUGAGCUGCCCCCGGAAUUCCUUCAAACCUUGCUGAAGAUGGCACCAACAUCGGAUGAAGAACUUAAGCUUAGACUUUUUAGUGGUGAUCUAUCUCAACUUGGGCCUGCUGAUCGUUUCCUGAAAGCCAUGGUUGACAUUCCAUUUGCAUUUAAGCGAAUGGAAGUUCUCCUUUUCAUGGGCUCACUUAAAGAGGAUCUUGCAACUACUAUGGAAUCUUUUGCCAUUUUAGAGGUUGCUUGUAAGGAACUAAGAAACAACCGGCUGUUCCUCAAGCUUCUUGAAGCCGUUCUCAAAACUGGCAACCGAAUGAAUGAUGGAACUUUCCGUGGUGGUGCACAAGCAUUUAAACUUGAUACACUUCUGAAAUUAUCUGAUGUAAAAGGAACAGAUGGCAAGACUACACUCUUACAUUUUGUUGUUCUAGAGAUUAUCCGCUCCGAGGGCAUAAAAGCCAUCAGAAAGGCAAAAGAGAGCCAGAAAUCGUCUAGUAUUAAAUUGGAUGACCUUCACGAUAGUACCCGAGAAACAGAAGAUCGCUACCAUGAAAUCGGUCUUCAGGUGGUUUCACGAUUGAGCAGUGAACUUGAGAAUGUAAAAAAAGCAGCAAUUAUAGAUGCUGACAGCUUAACAGGAACUACUGCCAAACUUGGCCAUGGUCUCAUAAAAACACGAGACUUGGUAAACAAAAGCAUGAAGAAUGUGGAGGAAGAUAGGGGGUUUUGUGAGACAGUGAAAAGUUUUGUGCAGAAUGCUGAGGCUGAUGUUAUGAAACUGCUGGAAGAGGAGAAGAAAAUCGUGGCUUUGGUGAAGAGCACUGGUGAUUACUUCCAUGGGAAUUCUGGGAAGGAUGAAGGCACCAGGUUGUUCAUAGUAGUACGAGACUUCCUAAUAAUGGUGGAUAAAGUAUGCAACGAGGUGAGAGAUACAAAGAAGAAGUCGGUUAAAACUCAAAAACAAGAGACUCCUCGAGAAGCAUCUUCAUCUGAACCACGUCCACCACCUGAUUUUCGUCAGCGACUUUUUCCAGCGAUUGCUGAAAGGAGGAUGGAUGACAUUAGUUCAGACGAUGAGAGUCCAUAGAUUCAAAAAUUGAAAGUGAGCAAUGGUUACAUAUGUAUUUCAUGAAUGAUGGAAGUGGCAUGAUUUUUACACUUCUCAAACUAAAAUGUUCAUAUGUACAGACCUGGCUGGAGCUAUCAUCAACCAAUGCAAUUGCUUCCUAUCAUCAUUGUCGUGCCCCCAUUGGGAAUUAGCUUCAUAGUUUGAGACAACAGCCACUUCUGGAACUAUAGUUGUGUAGGGUUUUGAAUUUUUGUUUUUCAUGAUUCUUUAUUCAAUUUGAUAUGUCAGUGCAUUUAUUUAUUGAAUUUGUUUUUUUAAUGAACAUAUAAUGCAUUUUUAAACAUCUAGGAAAAGGUUUCUUUGUUAAGUGCACGUAUAUGCAUCAAAUUCAACAAGUAGUUUUAUGUUUUUUUC